UAUAAAAUAGAAAAAUAAAUGUCAGAGCGUUUUGUCUAUGGAUAACCUCAAAUUUAAUUGUAGGAAAAUAAAAAUAGAGAAUUCAAUUAUAAAUUGUUGUGAAUUGUACAAAUUUGCUUUCAAAUAAAGCUAUAUUAUUACUAAAAUAAAUGGCAGGGACAUUAUUUCGCUCUAUUCUCACUAAUAGUAUCACGUUUUACAAAAAUAAUCCUGUAAAUUUGAAAAGUUUCCAUACAGCUACAGUAUACUAUGCCGCUCGGAAAGGGACCAGGGCGAAGGCCCGUGCUAAGAAAGUCAAGGUGGAGGUCACUAAAGUAGGCUUUAUCCCGCAUAACCAAAGAGGAAAGGACAAAGUGCAAAAAGUUCACCAAGACAAGCAUUUAGAUGAUUCCUAUAAGAGCAUACCCAAAGAUGAUGUGUAUCCAUUGAAGUUCUUCCGCUGGGUGGUGUACACAGCCGAGGACGCGGUCAAGGCUCACCAGGAGACUCACCACCCGACGAUGUUUAAUGUGCCCGAUGCAUUAGUGUUCGCACAAGUGGAGAUGAAUAUGAAGGCUGCCAAAAACAACAGAUAUUUGGACAGUUUCAACCGACUUACUUUACUGCCUCACGCAUUCCCGCGAGAUGAGGAACGCACAAUCCUAGCGUUCUGCAAGGGUCCGGAAAUAACGAAGGAGGCAAUUAAUGCUGGAGCAACUACGGCCGGUGGACCUGAACUUGUCAAGAAGAUUCAGGAAGGCACGAUCAAAUUGAGUGAUUAUGAUUUCGUUAUCGCCCAUCCCAACAUCCUCACCGAGUUGGUGCCGAUCCGAGGUCUCAUGAAGCGAAGGUUCCCUAACCUCAAAGCUGGAACAUUGGAUCCUAAUCUGCCACAGUUGGUGAAAAAGUUUGCAGCCGGGGUCCAGUAUAGAGUGGUGAAGGAUGAUAACCAACAGGACUUUGGAUCAGCGGAAGUGCCUGUAGGAAGGCUUAACAUGGAUGCAGCACAAGUAGCAGAGAAUAUUGGAGCACUAUUGAAGGAUCUUCAGCAAGCUAGACCGAAACGAGAUGGUCUUUUCAUCACUAGGUGUAUCAUAGUAAGCCCGCCAUCGAAGGAACGAUUCAAAAUCGAUCCCUUCGUCUACGUCGACCGUACGUUGUCCAAGGAGGUUCAAGAAGAUAGCGACGAUGAAGCUGAACCAAUAGCAGCUCGUGCUUAAAUUAGUUAAUUAUAUCUUGUAGUUUUUGUAAAUAAUAUUCAUAUCAAGUAAAAAUGA